AUGGCGUCGGCCUGCUUCUUCGCCCGCUGCGUCUCCGUCCCUGCGCACCUCCUGGCCAACCCCACGCCCCUCGCCAUCACCACCUGCGGCAGGCUGCGGCGGCUUGGAGCCGCGGGAGCGAGGCCGGUGUGCGCCGCCGGGAGGAUGCUCGGCUCCGUCAGAUACGGCACCGGAGCGGCGUUGGGCCCCAAGGAAGCCGAUGCGGAGGUGGCCGCCGUGCCGCCGUCGGUGCCGGUGCGCGUCGCCUACGAGCUGCAGCUGGCCGGCCACCGCUACCUCGACGUCAGAACGGAGGGUGAGUUCGGCGGCGGGCAUCCGGCAGGAGCGGUGAACAUCCCCUACAUGCACAGCACCGGCUCUGGGAUGGCGAAAAACUCGGGUUUUCUAGAGCAAGUGUCGGCGAUAUUCAGGAGAGAGGACGAGAUCAUCAUCGGAUGCCAGAGUGGCAGGAGAUCUCUCAUGGCAGCAGCCGAACUCUGCUCCGCUGGCUUCAGUGGCGUGACCGACAUCGCCGGAGGGUUUUCUGCUUGGAAGGAGAACGGGCUGCCGAUCAACCAGUGA